AUGGAAAAUUUUGCAUUAAACAUAGACAUUAUUAGAGGUAUCAAUAUUAGCAACAAAAUACCUAAGGCACUAUUUAUUUAUAUAAUUGAGUAGAUUAUAAAAUUUACAAAGAAUUAGAAUAAUGAAUUUGAAAAAACCUAAUUAACUGAGCUCUGCUUGACUGAAGCACCUGAAUUAAAAGAGGAAGAAGUUCAUUCUGUUUUGGACUCUUUCGUAAAUAUUUCAAGAUUUGGAUCUAAGAAAGGUCUCACUGCAAAAAAUAUGCAGAGUUUCUUGAAAGAAAAUACAAUGAUUGAUGAAGAGAGAAUGUCUAUCUUUGUGAGCUUAUUCUAAUCACAAAUAAAUGAAUAAAAUAUAGUUAAAAUGAUAAAUUUAGGAAAGUUGAUAGAUAUGAAAUGGAAUGUUUGUUCCUUUUUAAGUGACCAAAAAAACAAAGAAAUUAAUAAAAUUUAUGUUAAAUUAGAGCUAACUGUAUAAACUAGUACAGGUGAAGUAAUCCACGACCAAUUUGCUCUUUCAUUAUAAGAAUUUAAGGCAUUUAAAGAAAUUAUAUCUGAAAUAAGUGUAGUUAGCGAGUAAUAUAAUGUAUGA